AUGAUUCAACGCGAGUAUCCAAUGAACAACGGGUUUAGUACAGGAGAGGAAGAUUCUAGAGGGAAUUCGGAUCAAAUAUGUUGCCUUGUGGAUGACGGCGAACGGUGCAGGCGGCCCGCAGGCAACGCCGCGUACAGCAAACGCAUACAGAAGACCGUCGCGCAGCGGAGGCUCAAGCUAAACAUUGAUCCCCAGACAAGGCACACAUACAUAUGUGAUGAUCACAAAACAAUGAUUCAGUGUGCAAGGACAAAGCAGAGGAGGCCAAAAGACUCCGAAGACGACAGCAACGAGGCAGAAAUGGAUUCUCCAGAAGUAGAUUGGUUUCAACUCCAAGUAAACACACUUAGGAGGUACAAAAGGCACUAUAAAGUGCCUACACGGCCUGGCUUGAAUAAGGCUCAAUUAGCUGAUGCUAUCCAGAAACACUUCAAGACAUUACCAGUAAAUGAAAAAGAAAUUGUGACUUACUUCAUUUACAUGGUAAAAACAAAUGGUAAUAAGUUGGACCAGAAAAAUGGUAUGAAUUCAGAUUCAGUGUAGACUAGUGUGUAUGUGAUCUAUUUAUAGAAGUGUGUAGUUUUAAAUUAGCUUUAGACGUUAUUUCUCUUCCUGAAUUUUCAAUCUGGAUACCUGUGUUAUUCAGAUUACCCACAGUUUAUUAAAACAAAUGAUUCUUUGGACCUUGCCAGAUGGAAUUUAUUUCAUCAAGAUAUUUAUUACUAUUAAAGAAAUUAAAUUAAAAUAUUGUUGUCAUGAAUAUCUGAAUAGCACAGUGACUAUAAUUAUGAGACAAGAUUUUUAGAUUACAUGAUAUGAAUAUGAAUUGAAAAUAACACUAAUUUUAUUAUCCUUCAUUAGAAAUUUCUACAGAGUGCAGUAUCUACAUGGUAAUAUUAAAAAUAAUCAAAUGACUGAAUGUAUUUUAAGAAAGUGUGCUGCCAAUGUGGUUUUUGUGGUCUGUAGAAGUUGUGAUUGCAUUAUAUUCCAAUGAACUCCACUUUACAAUGUAACUGGUAUUUAUUUCCUUGUAGUGUAAAUUAAACAGUCUUUAUAUUAUAUCUAAAUCCUUGCAGUGUCAAAUGUUACGAUUGUUAAUUGACAAGGGAAAUGCAAUUUUAAUAUAAAUACUGUUAAGAGAGAUUAUAAAUAACAGUAAAUUUUAAAAUGUAAAUUUAUUACAUUUUAUCUAACAAA